CCGCCAGGUCUAAGAACAAAUCAACGAACAGCUAGGUCUCAUCGGAAAAUUUGAAAAACCGUCGGCAUUUAAAUUUUUGGUUACGAAAAUGGAAAGCGAAGCCAAAAGGAAGCUAGUAAUGGAAUCAAGAGAAGCAGCAUCGAGGAAUACAGCCACAAAACCAGGGAGGAGAACGGCGGCGAACGCAGGAGGAAAACGGAAACCACUCGCUGAUCGCAGCAACACCAUCGCGUCUCUAACAUCUUCACAGUCAUCCUCUUCUUCUGCAAUCAAACCCCCUAAAUCCUCCGUUCCCCUCAAAUCGCAGCUCAAGCAGGCAAACACGAAUGCCGGGUCCUAUUUUUCCACGACAACCGCUGACAGCCACCAAAACAAUCUGGGUAGCCCGACUCCUACCUCCACCUUUCCUCCGCUGCCUCAAUCGACGUCUGUUUCCGGGUCUGGCACUAUUGAGUCUUGUGCUUCAGUUUACACUAGACGGAAGAGUAAAGGCAAAGAAAUUACUGAGCCUGAGACUUUGGAUUUUUCACAAGUGACAAGGAUACUAAACUUGAGGGACAAGAGUGGACUUGGGAAUAUUGGUCUAUCCAAGUCAAGUGCAGUGCCAGUCCCUGGAAAGAAGAUGAACAAGAAGAAUGAAGAUGGGAAUACUAGUCUAUCCAAGUCAAGUGCGGUGCCAGUCCCUGGAAAGAAGAAGGACAAGAGGAUUGAAGAUGGGUAUAUUGGUCUAUCCAAGUCAAGUGCAGUGCCAGUCCCUGGAAAGAAGAUGGACAAGAUGAAUGAAGAUGGAAAUAUUGAUCUGUCCAAGUCAAGUACAGUGCCAGUGCCUCAAAAGAAGAAGCAGUGCAGGCAUGCCUUGCCCAAAGAGUUCAUCGAGACACAAAAGGCAUACUUUGAUGAGAUAGACAAAUUUGAACUUCCAGUGGAAGAGGUGGUGUCGGUUGAUGAGUUGGAGUAAAUAAAAGAGUGCAUAGCCAUGUUAGUCACUUGGGACUGUGCAACCAAUGAAGGUGCUCUAACAGACUAACACUAUACACUUUAAUGUUCACUGUACAUAUAUACAUGUAUAGUUUCAAGAGUUAACAUGACAAAUUUUGGUCUUGAAUCUCUUGAUAAGCAUCUUAUGCAGUUAUAUCAAUAAUACAAAUGCUUGAUA